AUGACUGUUAUCAGCACCGCCGUGUCGGUUGUGUUACAACUAUAUGUGCACAUAGAAGUGCCGGUGUACACGUAUUUCUGGAGUUCCGUUCCCGCAGAGUUCCGUUCCCGCAGAGUUCCGUUCCCGCAGAGUUCCGUUCCCAACGAGUUCCGUUCCCGCAGAGUUCCGUUCCCAAAGAGUUCCGUUCCCGCAGAGUUCCGUUCCCGCAGAGUUCCGUUCCCGCAGAGUUCCCUUCCGCAGAGUUCAGUUCCCGCAGAGUUCCGUUCCAGCAGAGCUCCGUUCCCACAGAGUUCCGUUCCCAAAGAGUUCCGUUCCAGCAGAGUUCCGUUCCCGCAGAGUUCCGUUCCCGCAGAGUUCCGUUCCCGCAGAGUUCCGUUCCCGCCGAGUUCCGUUCCCGCAGAGUUCCGUUCCCGCAGAGUUCCGUUCCCGCCGAGUUCCGUUCCCGCCGAGUUCCGUUCCCGCAGAGUUCCGUUCCCGCAGAGUUCCGUUCCCGCAGAGUUCCCUUCCGCAGAGUUCAGUUCCCGCAGAGUUCCGUUCCAGCAGAGCUCCGUUCCCACAGAGUUCCGUUCCCAAAGAGUUCCGUUCCAGCAGAGUUCCGUUCCCGCAGAGUUCCGUUCCAGCAGAGUUCCGUUCCCGCAGAGUUCCCUUCCCGCAGAGUUCCGUUCCAGCAGAGUUCCGUUCCCGCAGAGUUCCGUUCCCGCAGAGUUCCGUUCCCGCCGAGUUCCGUUCCCGCCGAGUUCCGUUCCCGCAGAGUUCCGUUCCCGCCGAGUCCCGUUCCCGCAGAGUUCCGUUCCCGCAGAGUUCCGUUCCCGCAGAGUUCCCUUCCCGCAGAGUUCCGUUCCCGCAGAGUUCCGUUCCAGCAGAGCUCCGUUCCCACAGAGUUCCGUUCCCAAAGAGUUCCGUUCCAGCAGAGUUCCGUUCCCGCAGAGUUCCGUUCCAGCAGAGUUCCGUUCCCGCAGAGUUCCCUUCCCGCAGAGUUCCGUUCCCGCAGAGUUCCGUUCCCGCAGAGUUCCGUUCCCGCAGAGUUCCGUUCCCGCAGAGUUCCGUUCCCGCAGAGUUCCCUUCCCGCAGAGUUCCGUUCCCGCAGAGUUCCCUUCCCGCAGAGUUCCGUUCCCGCAGAGUUCCGUUCCCAACGAGUUCCGUUCCCAACGAGUUCCGUUCCCAACGAGUUCCGUUCCCAAAGAGUUCCGUUCCCAAAGAGUUCCGUUCCCAACGAGUUCCGUUCCCAACGAGUUCCGUUCCCGCAGAGUUCCGUUCCCGCAGAGUUCCCUUCCCGCAGAGUUCCGUUCCCGCAGAGUUCCGUUCCAGCAGAGUUCCGUUCCCGCAGAGUUCCCUUCCCGCAGAGUUCCGUUCCCGCAGAGUUCCCUUCCCGCAGAGUUCCGUUCCCGCAGAGUUCCGUUCCCGCAGAGUUCCGUUCCCAACGAGUUCCGUUCCCGCAGAGUUCCGUUCCCAAAGAGUUCCGUUCCCAAAGAGUUCCGUUCCCAACGAGUUCCGUUCCCAACGAGUUCCGUUCCCAAAGAGUUCCGUUCCCACAGAGUUCCGUUCCCGCAGAGUUCCGUUCCCGCAGAGUUCCGUUCCCGCAGAGUUCCGUUCCCAACGAGUUCCGUUCCCAACGAGUUCCGUUCCCAAAGAGUUCCGUUCCCAAAGAGUUCCGUUCCCGCAAAGUUCCGUUCCCGCAAAGUUCCGUUCCCGCAGAGUUCCGUUCCCAACGAGUUCCGUUCCCGCAGAGUUCCGUUCCCGCAGACAACCCGGGUGAGUUUAACAGACGAUCAGCUGUUCCGUUUCCCUCGCCAGUGGUCAGCCUCUCGGGGUCUUGGAGGAGUGUGGAGUCCAGGCCGGGUUGCAGAACGGAAAAUUAUUGAGGCAAUAUCGGGAAAAUUCUACCGGGAAUUCAAUACUGAAAAUACUUGCUGUAUAAAAUAUUGGCGCAUAAUGCAGCAUGAGGACUUUGUACAUGAAUAA